AGAGCCUCCAACACGGAAGUGAGUGCUUCGCACGGACUCAUUGCGACCUGUUCGGCUGAUUAUCGGAGGUUUUGAUUGAUCACCGCUAAUUUCUGGUAGCGCGGCCAUGAUCAUACUGAAGCUGCUCGCGCUUGGACUCCUGCUGGCUUCCGGUCUGGCUCUGGACUGUGACUGGGACGCCUCGGUGGAUCCGGACCAGGGCCUGGUCCUCGACUAUCAGGCCCGCGGUGCGCGGAAGCUGGGCGGCGUCCUGGAGGGGUCGGAUCCGGACAGCUGCCGGGCGGCGUGCUGCGCGGACCCAGCCUGUGACCUGGCUGUGGUCGGGUUCCCGGCGGACGGACCGUCGCUGUGCCAGCUGGUGGACUGCGGAGACGACCAGGACGCAUGCGCACUGCGCCCCACUGACCAGUUCAAAGUUUACCGCAAGAAUGUGAUGAAAAAGGCCGACAGAGAGGCGCAGGGGGGCGGCCAGGAGGAGCACAUCGUGCCGCUGAUGGACCGCUGGGAGCCGCGGACCAACGAGUCCGACAACAUUCACUGCCGCCUGCCGAUGAAAGUGGGCUCGUGUCGCGCCGCCUUCCCCCGCUUCUUUUACAACGUGACGAACCAGAGCUGCAGCAGCUUCAUCUACGGCGGCUGUGAGGCCAACGGAAACAACUUUGAGUCUCAGGAGGACUGUGAGGCGACCUGCGCGGGAGUCACAGGCUCAGUUCUUCCUGAGUCCACUCCUGCUCCCCCUCCUGUCAAAGCUCCUCGAAUGGCUCCUGCUGCUCCAGCUGAAACUGAUCCAGAAUCUGCAGAGUCCAUCCCCCUUCAGAAGUCUGAGAUGACUGCUGACGAGUACGCUGAGCACUGCGAGGCGGAGCCUAAGAUGGGUCCCUGCAGAGCAUCACUGAAGCACUGGUACUACAACAAGAGGACAGGAAGCUGCGAGAUGUUCACGUAUGGAGGCUGCAGAGGAAACAAGAACAACUACCUGAACAAGGACAGCUGCAUGCAGACCUGUACAGUGUCCGUCCUGCCAUCCUCAAAGAAACAUGAUGAUGACAAAGACUCCUCAGAUGACACAGGUUCCUGUACAGCGAAACCUGACCCCGGGCCCUGCCGAGCUGCCUUCCCGAUGUUCUACUAUGACCCAUACUCCGCCUCCUGUCAAUCCUUCAUGUACGGCGGUUGCCGUGGCAAUGAGAACCGGUAUAGCACCGAGGACGAAUGCAUGAGACGCUGCAGUGAAGGUUGGUUUGACACUCAUGGGAAAACUCGUAACCGCUGGACCGCAGCCUUCUUCCUCUUCGUCACUCUGGCUGCCAUCUCUGCCCUGCUGCUGACCACGCUCGUCGUCAUCACACUGAGACGUCACCGCCUCUUCCGCCGUCUGUCCUCCAACAGCGAUAAGGAGGAGCUGCUUCCAGACCUGGAUGAGCAGUCAUCCCUGGACUCCCUUCCCCUCCCCGAGAGCCCCAAACCAGAUCAGAAGGCUUGAGGGGUGGGGCUAAAGGCUGAAUGUGGGGCAGGGUUUGUUUUGAUGCCAUUUAAAGGUUCCAGCUAAAUAAAAUGUCUCCUUUCCUUGCUGCACAAUUGCACAAUCAGUUACUAAGCAAUCAAUCACUAUAUUGAUAUCUACUGAUCAGUAACUUUCUGACAUUUACAUUAAAGGAGCAGUCCACAUUAUUUGAUCAGUUACACAUUAGUGAGAAACUUGAAGUUUUAGUCUGGUUAAAGUUUUAGUUUGUGUUUCUUCUUCCACUGAGGAACAGGCAGAUUUUUCUUUUUCAUUUUAUUAAUAGCUUGGUGUGUGUUUGGAAGAUACAGAAUCACAGCUCUGAGGGCCAAAUCCACUCGGCUGUUAUCUGAGUUAAAAACUGAGACAUGAAAUUCCCAUUCAGUGGAAACUCUGUGCUCGAAAAGAGAGGAUCGGAUGAGUAUCUGAUUCAGUUGAAGUGAUCUGUGACAUUUGCACCAAUGCGCAGAGGUUUGGGGUCACUUUGUUUUUAAUUUAACAUGAAAUUGAUCAGAAAUGUUGUAAAAGACAAUAAUGAAUGAAAUCACUGAUCAGAAAUCAUUGUUGUUUAAUAAAACAUCUGCACAGAGGCCAGUUUUCAGCAGCCAUCACUCCUGUGUUCCAGUAAACACAAUAUUUACUGAUCGUGCUCACAGCUGGAAACUGUUUAAAGAAUCAGUACCUUUGAUUAGUUGAGUUUGUGGACCAUCAGUUUGACUGGAGUCUCAGAAUGGCCAAAAAUCACCAGAACUCAGAGCUGUUGAAGGACAUUAUCUGUUAAAGUUUAGACUACAUGCUCAGGUGUGUACUGCUCCCCUCAGAGAGCAGCUCAUACAGGUAUCACCAACUGAAGUGGAGGAGCCGAGUCUGUUUCUCAGACUGCAUGCUCUCCCAGUUCUUCCUGUUGUAGAUGGAUUUAACUUGAGCUGUUCUGUGAAGGGAGCAGUACAUACCAGUGUCGCUUCUCUGUGAAUUAUCCUUAAUCUCAGAAUACAAACACACUGAAGACUUUCAGGAAAACAUUUUUUGGACAUUUUAAGAUUCCAGUUGAACCCACAGAAGCUGACGGUCCGCAUGUUACACCAAUCAGAUUCAUUGGUUGAGCAGUUUCUGUGGGUCAGCACAUGUUAGUCAGAUAAAAGAAGGUGGGCUCUUAAGUACAGGUGACUGAUGGUCAGUCUAAGUUGCUGCUGUUUGACCUGCAGCUUCUCGUGAUUCAUAUCUGUAACUAAACUGUGUGUUGUUGUGAAUCAGCACAUUGAUGAUGAUGAUUUUAGCCUGCAAUGACUUCUUAUAUUGAUCUAUCAUUGGUUACAGGUGUUUUAAUGAGUGUUCAGCCUCAGUGCAGCUUCUCGAAUUACCUCGACUCUGGAGGAGGACUUUACCUCUCACUCUAAAUAAAUUCAUCAGGACCUGAAAUUAACCCAAACAUGAAUGAAAACAAAGUGCCCAUGAUGCACCUGGGGACUUGUCUCCCCCUGCUGGUGAGACUGCACUGAGACUGUUUAGUUGAUUAUUAAUUCUGUUUAAUCUUUAUUAGCUUCAAACUUUGUGGGAUUUAAGAAAAAUCAAAUUAAACUUUUAGUUUACUCUAAAAA